AUGUUCAAUUCAUUUAGAUUUUUCAGGGUAAGACCAUUAAGAGUAUUACCAGUCGUUGCUAUAUCCUCGUAUGCUAUAUCACAUCAAUAUUGGAAUCAAAAAAUAUACUUAGAUACACAACAACAAGUACAACAGCAACAACAACAAAAUAGUAUAAUUGUUGAUUCAUCAAUAUCUCCAUUUCCUAAACAAAUUUCAAAAUCAAAUUUAAUAAGUCAAAAUUUCACAUUAUUAGGUCAUGGAAUUAGAUCAGUUACAUUUAUAGGUUUUAAAGUUUAUGGUAUUGGUAUCUAUAUUGCAAAUUCAGAUAUAUCAAAAGCAUCACAAAUUUUAAACUCAUUUGAAAAAAAUAAUCAGAAUCCUGAAUUUCCAGCAUUAAAUAAUCCAACAGAAUCUGAUCAUAUAAUAGAAACUCUAUUAGAUAAUAAUAUUAAAUUCUUGAUAAGAUUAUCACCAGUAAGAAAUACUGAUUUUAAUCAUUUAAAAGAUGGAUUAAUUAAAAGUAUAUUAGCUCAUCCAAGUUCCAAAACAUUAAAGGAACAAUUAAGUAAAGGAUUAGAAGAAUUAAGAGCAGUUUUUAGUAAAACAAGAGGAUCAGUACCAAAAGAUGAUUUAUUAAUUAUGGAAAUUUUAUCAAAUGGUGAGAUGUCAGUUAAUUAUAUUAAUCAAAAACAAGAUAAAAUUAAAGAGAUGGGGAUAGUUAAUGAACCAUUAGUUGGUAAAAUAUUAAUGCAACAAUAUUUAAGUUCAAAUAAACCAUUAAGUGAAAGUUUGAAAAAAAGUUGUAUUGAAGGAUUAAAUAAUUUAAUUUAA